UGAGCGCGACGUGCGGAGGAUCGGACCCGGGGACCGGAAUGGGAGUCCAGGGCCUGACCUCCCUGCUGGAGGAACACGGGCGGGUUCUGCGGGACGUCAAGUUCCGCGACAGCAGGCUGAUCAUCGAUGGAGCCAACCUGCUGCACCUGCUGUACGUGGACUCAGGUCUGGACCAGAACCACGGUGGAGAGUAUGCUGCAUUUGAGGCUUUACUGGAGAGGUUUGUGUUUGCGCUGAGGGCCUGCAGGAUCAGCCCGUAUGUGCUGCUGGACGGAGGCUCCGACCCCUCCAACAGGAAACUGCAGACCUCCGUUGAGAGAGCCAAGAACCUGAUCAGGAGGGCCGACCGGGCAGCACUGAACGGGCACAGCCAUGGCAUCCUGCCCCCGCUGGCCAGCUGGGUGUUGAAGCAGACAAUGGCUCGGCUGCAGGUCCCGCUGGCUCAGUGCUACGGAGAGGCCGACCAGGAGAUCGCGGCGCUGGCCACAGAGUGGCAGUGCCCGGUGCUGUCCAACGACAGCGACUUCUUCGUCUUCCCGCUGCCGUUGGGGCUGCUGCCCAUCACACACUUCCUGUGGGAGAAGGUGAAUCCGAAGGACACCAGGAGCUACGUCCCCUGUAAGAGUUACCGCACCACCAGCUUCUGCAUCUACUUCCAGCUCCGCCCCGAGCUGCUGCCCGCAUUCGCCGCUCUGGCAGGGAACGACUACAUUAAACUACGGCAGCUCGACUGGUCUCAGUGGGCCCCAAGCAGUGGCGGGCGCCUGGAGGGGCUCCUCUGCUGGCUGCGGGACUUCCGGCAGCCGGACGCGGCCCUGGAGGCGGCGCUGAGGCUGCUGGGAGAGCAGAGUGAGGAGAGCCGGAUGGAGGUGAGAAGCAAGCUGACCAUGGCCAUGACGGAGUACCAGCUUCCUGCCAGUGUCCUCGGGAAGUUCUUCCUCCACGGCGUGGCUCCACCCCUCCGCCACACCCAGCAGGAUCUGGUGGGUGUGGUCCCAGACUGGAUGCGUUUGCCGCUGACGCGUGCGCGGCUGACGUCGGAUGUGCUGGACGUGCUGCUGCUUCGGAGGAUGCACCUCAGGUUUACCGUGGAGACGGCCGAGCUGCCCAACGCCAACCUCACGUCGCGGCCGCUCCGACGGCUGAUGUACGGGCUGCUGCUGGGCAGAGAGAGACCCCCGGUGCAGGAGAUGGACCGGGAGGGCCUCCAGUUCCAGUUCGUUCCAGUCACCCCCACGGUCAGCAGCGCCACCCAGAGGCUGCCCCUGGCAUCGCUGCCUGAGGUGACGUCUGAGCAAGGUUCCUCUUUUCACCUCAAAUUACCUCUUCUUUUCAAAGCGGACCCCUCUGAGCGGCUGCAGGUCCUGCUGGGAGCUCUGGGGGUGACCGAGGCCUCUCUGAGUUCGCUGCCGCUCCAGCUGCGCCUCCCGCUGGCCGUCACCUGCUACUGGCUGCAGAAUGCUCAGCCUCCACCGGACCGCAGGCUGCUGCAAGCGCUGCUGCAAGGGAUGCUGGGAAACAAUAAAACUGCAGCAGACGUGUGUCAGUCUGCUGCACGUCACCGUAGAACCACUCAGGAUGCAACACACGCCUUCAACCAGUGGCAGAUGUGCCUCAGAGACGCUCUGCACCUCAACCAGCUGCUCUGCUUCCCCCUGCAGGAACCCGACGUCGCUGGGUUGUUUCAGGGGACGCUCGUCCACCAGCUGCUGCGUUGCAGCAACGUGCGGCAGAAGCGCCCGCCGCCCACCGUGCUCCACGCUCUCGCCGGCCUGUGGGAGGAUGAGGAGGACGAGGAAGAGCGCCGCUGCUUCGCCCAGGCGCUGGAGGAGCUGGAGCCAGAGGAGCACGUGGCGGUCAAGACACGGUACAAGACGAAGCAGCGCAGCAACAAGCCACAGCCCAGGCAGUUUUUCAGAAAAUCACAGUUGAGUUUGUCGUCACUGUUUUCAUGUUAAGAUGACGUUUGCUUUUAAAAUAAACACAUUUCAGAUUAAAAGUGUUUUUUCAUGAGCAGAUCAAACAGAAUCUGAGGCUGAAACUCAAUAAAUCGUUUAAUAACACAAUAAAGUCACUGUGUCUUUACUACAAAGUCAAUCACUGAUCUUCUCGUGGUCUUUAUUACGUUAUUCAUUAAAACGCAGCGGACGAUGAGAAAAACAUCCACGAACUACAAAAGGAAUUUUUGGAAGCAGCAGCCGAGUGAAAGAAAUCCAUCCUCACAAAUAAAUAAACAUUUCCCACAAUGCAUUGGGGCGUCUUCAGGUUGAUUUCCC